AUGCUGAUUCGAAGUGGGUAUGAUGUUCCACGAGAGGGUAGUGACUGGAACGCUGUCGCGGACAGCAUGUGGCGGCGGCUCUUCAACACGAACCUUGUCGAGACGUCCAAGCCGGACGGGUCUCCAAGUCGCUUCUUCGCAGGUGAGAUCACGACGGACGGGAAGUCCGUCAGCAUCCUCGUCAAGAAACCCGUUCAAGGACGACAGGAGCUGCAGAUGUCUCCUGAGACCGCUGCAUUCUUCUCGACACGGUGGGGGCUUGAUCCUGGUCGCCGCGACAUGUUCGUCGCCACGAACAACCACGGCGAGACCAUUCGCUGCUCCUCGAAGGAGUUCUACCGAGACGCUUCCUACACGCAAAGCAACAAGACUACCCGGCACUGGUACGACUACGCCGACGCGGAAGUCUCGGAGACCAUCCGCCUCGUUCCAACGAAGAAGACGUGCUCGCUGGAGAGGCUCGAGGCCUACGUGCGCUACGUGGUGCUGGCUUUCACGAUGAGGAAGAAGUUCCGCGACCUGAGGUUCCGACGUUACUGCCAGUCGCGCAAGAAGCUGCACGAGUUGUGUACGCGGUUCGUCGCUGGCCGCGAUCCGACCCGGACGAUCGUCGGCUUUGGGGACUGGAGCUGCUCCGACUUUGGCGGCGUGAUCAAGAAGUCUCCGGGCGGCCCCACCAAGCGGUUCAUGCGCGAGCUCUCGAAGUACUGCCGGGUGGAGCUGGAGUCCGAGUACCGCACCAGCAAGGUGCACCACGGCUGCAGGCAGGCGCACCCCGGCGACCUCGUGAACCAGUACCAGCGCCAAGAGUGCCGAGACGGCGUUGUUCGCAAUCGCAAGAUUCACAGUGUACUCCAUUGUCUUCGCAACAAUGGCGGAUGCGGUAUUACUGUGAACCGCGAUGUGAACGCCUCUCGCAACAUUCUACGCGCCUUCGAGCUGCGUCUGAGCGGACAGGCACGCCCGCCAGAGCUAAGUAGGAGUUCACAACAAAGGUCGACCUGUGCCGCAGUGCUUGAUCGUCGCUGGAAUCCUCGUACGGACGAGGUAUCCAGUAUUGAUAUUAAUAUCACGUCAGGCAAGUCGAAAUAUAUUCUUUAA